AUGAAAAGGGAACACCCAAAUCUCCAUCCUCAACAACUCACAGACCCAUCUUCUCUUGCUGCAGGUGGGUAUUCUACUAGCACUAGUACUAUGACAACUAACAACGGGAAAGCUAAGAUAUGGGAGGAAGAAGAGGGACAUCAAGCAGAUACUGGGAUGGAUGAACUUUUAGCUGCCUUGGGUUACAAAGUGAGGUCAUCGGACAUGGCUGAGGUUGCCCAAAAACUUGAACAGCUUGAAGAAGUUAUGGGUCAUGCACAAGAAGAUGGUCUUUCCCAUCUGGCCGCCGAUUCCAUUCAUUACAAUCCUUCCGAUCUGUCUACUUGGCUUGAGAGUAUGCUCUCUGAGUUAAACCCAAAUCUCAAUUUCGAUCCUUCUGCUGAUUCUUUACUUGCUCCUACUGAAUCUUCCACCAUCACUUCCAUCAAUUUCACCGACCACAAACAUCAUCAGCAACCAAUGUUAUUCGAGGAAUCAUCAUCAUCGGAAUACGAUCUGAAGGUCAUACCGGGUAAGGCUGUCUUUUCUCGAACCCAAAUUGACUCCAGCGAAUCUAAACGCUUAAAAACAGACCUAUAUCAGACAUCCUCGUCGUCAUCCUCGUCUUCUACUACUCUUGGAUCUUUAGCUGUCUCGACUGAGUCGACUCGCCCGGUAGUCCUGGUUGACUCACAAGAAAACGGUGUUCGUCUCGUCCAUCUCUUAAUGGCCUGUGCCGAAGCCGUUCACGAAAGCAACUUCAAUCUGGCAGAAGCCCUCGUCAAACAAAUCGGUUUUUUAGCUGUUUCUCAGGCCGGAGCCAUGCGUAAGGUAGCCACCUACUUCGCCGAGGCAUUAGCUCGGAGAAUAUACAAAUUACACCCUCAGAAUUCAAUCGAUCACUCUCUCGCAGAUAUUCUUCAGAUACACUUCUAUGAGACCUGCCCUUAUCUCAAAUUCGCUCACUUCACGGCCAAUCAAGCAAUCCUUGAAGCCUUUGAAGGGAAAAAAAGGGUUCAUGUUAUUGAUUUUUCCAUGAAUCAAGGGAUGCAGUGGCCUGCUUUGAUGCAAGCUCUUGCUCUUAGGCCUGGUGGGCCACCUGCUUUUCGGUUAACAGGCAUUGGACCACCAGCCCGUGAUAACACAGACCAUCUUCAAGAGGUGGGGUGGAAGUUGGCUCGGUUGGCAGAGACCAUUCAUGUGAAAUUCGAGUAUAGAGGUUUUGUUGCUAACAGUUUGGCUGAUCUUGAUGCUUCUAUGCUUGAGCUCAGACCCCCUGAGAUCGAGUCUGUGGCUGUUAACUCGGUUUUUGAGCUGCAUAAAUUGUUGGCUAGACCGGGUGCCAUUGAGAAGGUUUUGUCAGUUGUGAAACAAAUGAAACCGGAGAUUGUAACUGUUGUUGAGCAAGAAGCGAACCAUAAUGGUCCGGUUUUCUUAGACCGGUUCACCGAGUCAUUGCAUUAUUACUCGACUAUGUUUGAUUCGUUGGAGGGAUCAGUGAGUACCCAAGAUAAAGUAAUGUCAGAGGUGUACUUGGCGAAGCAGAUUUGCAAUGUUGUGGCGUGUGAAGGGCUUGACCGAGUUGAGAGGCACGAGACUCUGACGCAGUGGCAAACUCGGUUGGGUUCGGCUGGGUUUGCUCCGGUUCAUCUCGGUUCAAACGCUUUUAAGCAAGCCAGCAUGUUGUUGGCCCUGUUUGCUGGUGGAGAUGGGUAUAGAGUGGAAGAGAAUAAUGGGUGUUUGAUGUUAGGGUGGCAUACACGCCCCCUCAUUGCCACCUCGGCCUGGCGGCUCAAUAACAACCAGCCAGUAGUUGGUGCAGCUUAG